AUGACAAUUACUGUGCCAUUCAAGCAAAUCGAUGUUUUCACUGCUGUUCCAUUCAAAGGGAACCCUGUAGCAGUAGUAAACUUUUUAGAGACACCUGAAGCAGAAGUGACUACGCAACAAUUACAAUCCAUUGCUAAAUGGACCAAUCUAUCUGAAACCACCUUCCUUUUUGCACCAUCCAAUAAAGAAUACAAUUACAAAUUGAGAAUCUUUACACCAGCAGCUGAAUUACCAUUUGCCGGUCAUCCAACGAUCGGUUCGUGUAGAGCGUACCUUGAAUUUACUAAUCAAUUGAAUUCAGGACCUCAAACAAUUUUACAAGAAUGUGGUGUAGGUAUUGUCCCAUUAAAAUUCGAUGAAGAAGGGAAAAUUUCAUUUCAAGCUAAAAAGACAGAAGUUGAAGAAAUUUCACGAGAAACUGCUAGUGAUUAUGCUAAGGCAUUAGGCAUUCAUGCUAUUGAACCACCUAAGUUAUUACAAGUGGGACCAGCAUGGGUGGUAUAUUUAGUUUCUAAUGCUGAAGCUGUCAUUGAUUUAAAUCCUGAUUUCAAUUUUUUGAAACAAGUGUCUGAUAAGGCGGGUCAUACUGGUGUUAUUUUAGCAGGUUCAAAGAAUGAUGGUAAUUCUGGGGAACAAUAUGAGAUGAGAGCAUUCUAUUGUCCAACCAUUAGUGUCCUGGAAGAUCCAGUAUGUGGUAGUGGAUGUGUUGCAUUAUUGAGAUAUCUACAAGAAAUUAAAAACUACCAAAAGACGACGUUAGUCAAUGUUACUCAAGGUAUAAGAUUAUGUAGAGAUGGUCAUCUUAGGGGACGUAUUGAAAUUGAUGAAAAAACCAGUCAAAUUUCUUAUCAUGUCGGUGGAGAUGCUGUGACUGUUAUCAAUGGUCAAAUUUCUAUUUGA